AUGGCAAUCAACUGUCUCUGGCCUUUUCUGAAAAAUUGCAGCAGAAAAGUCAAUUUGCGUGAAUUUUCCGGCCAAACUGCGGCUAUCGAUGCUUCGUGUUGGAUACAUAGGGCUUUGUAUGUGACCAUAACUGAACGUGGAAAUCGAGAGAGGUGAGAAAUUUUAGUUAUGAUGAUCAUUUUAUUUCGUUUAGGUUUUUUUUGCGAUUAUAAAAGUCUCUAUUCAUUUUCGAAAGUAUAAGCUAUUUUGUUUUCAACUGAAGGUUUGGUAAUACAUUUCAAAGAUAUCUACAGACGGCGAAGAACGCCGGGGUAAGGCCGUUUGUUGUCUUUGAUGGGUUACCUUUGCCAGCCAAGGCAGCCGAAGAUGAAAGAAGGAAAAGGUGAGAAUAUUUCCACGUUGAAAAAUUCACUUGCAUUUCUAUAAACUUUCCCCUUAAGCUUAAAAAAAAAAAUAUUGUGAUCUAAACAGAGAAAGAGAGGACCGUCGAAACAAAGUUGAGGAGGAAAAUUUAACAAGCGAAGAAGCCAACAGACUUCGAGGUCAAGCCGUGUCAGUAACAUUUGAUGAUAUCUACACAUGCAUCAACGCGAGUGCUCGUUUACUGCAACUAUUUUUUAGUAUCGAUUUAGUACCUGGCUUUCGUAUAAUGCUAGAGCUUUUUGUUUAAAGUGAAGCUAUGUAGACUACAAGAAACUGCAUGUGCUUGAUAAAGUUAAACCUUCACCUCCAAAUGAAUCUUAAAGUAUUUUACACAAAUUUAAUACAACAAAAAUAUUGAACUGAAAUGUUGAAAAACCUUAUCACCUUUCUCUCCUAGAUUUGUUUGUCCGAGGGUGUGAAGUAUAUUGUUUCCCCAUACGAGUCGGACGCCCAAAUAGCCUUCUUGCUUGGCAAUGAUUGUGCAGAUUUUGCAAUUACCGAAGAUUCGGACCUCUUGGUAUAUGGCUGCAAAAAGGUUUGCCUUUGCACUUUUUAUUUCUUUCCUUUAGGCCAUUGCACUUAAUAUUCCCCCUUUUCAGGCCUAAGGUUUUCUUUUACCCCUCAAGAAAUAUAGAAAAUUGCUUUUACCCUUAAAGACUUUCAUAAGUUGUUGGCCUUUUCAGAAAAAUUUCUUUCCUCUUUUUUUUUUUUACCAGAUUUCAUGAAUUCUUUCUUCACUUUUUUUUCCUUUCAAAACUAGCCCGAAAGAAUUCCAAAUUUUGAUUAAUUGCCUCAAAGAAUUCCCCAAAUUUAAUAGCUUCAAUCGGUUUUGGUGAUGUAAAAGUUAAAUGAAAUAGCCAGUGGCUGGGAAUCUGCCAUACUGUCAGCUCACCAAACAGCUUUGAGCAAUUCAGUUAUAAAAGAAAAUGGUGCAAUCCUAAGCCAGCUGAAUAGUACUGUAUAGACCAUCCUAGACAGCAAGUUGCUCUACUUUCAACCAGACAAUUCAAUAAAUAUUUGUUAGGUGAUGGUCAAAACUUCCAUGAGUGGAGUUGGCGAAUGCUUUGUUUUGUCCCAUGUGCUGGAGAGCUUGAAGCUAAGCAUGAAUGAGUUCAGGAAAGUAUGCAUUGCUGCUGGCUGUGACUACCUAAAGAAUGGCAGAGGCAUCGGUAUACAAAGGGCAUUCAAAAUGGUUGCUGCAGGGAAACUUAUGGAGUUGCUAGGUAAAGGGGGUGCUCCCGAAGAUUACUGGGAAAGUUUUUUAAAAGCAGAGGCAGUAUUUCAACCUCAAACAGUAUUUAAUUUGGGAACCUGCUCUACAGUACCUCUUGAGAAGUGGGAGACAAACCCACCUGUAGAAAUCCAGUAUCUCUGUGGAGAGUAUCCUUUAGACACUAACACCCAUAUCAAAAAAUAG